AUGCAGCCUCAAAGCUUCAUUUCGAGGAUGAAGACAUACCACCAGGUCGACAGUGCCAGGGUCAAGACCCCACAGUCUGCAGUCCGUCAAGCGUCACUGACGAGCCCACCAAAGUACACUUUCCGAUUCCUUCCUCGACCACAAAUCGCAGCCAGUUACACAACAGGCAAGCCUCUCUCGAUACUGAUGUGCUGGCAUUCCUCCAGGCGCGCGGCAGGCCCUGACGAUCCCGCCGCAGCGUACCUGCGAUGCAUAGUGUCAGCAUUCUUUCGCUCCGUUCAUCCUGGGUUCCCGGUACUAGACCGUAGUGCCUUUGAGCUGCGUUAUCAUCAGGGCACUGCGUCUCUGUUCCUGCUUCAGACCGUUUUCUUUCUUAGCGCUACUGUUUGCGACGACAAUAUCUUCGAAGGAUCGCAAAUCGGUAACCGAGCUCAAGCGAGGAGGGCUUUCUACAAUCGGGCAAAGCUUCUUUACGAUGCUGAUUACGAAACGGACAACACCCUCCUGACCGCCUGUCUCUUCUUACUCGGGUUCUGGUGGCAGCGACCUCAGGAACAAAAGGAUAGCUGGCACUGGCUAGGGUGUGCCAUUAGCCUGGCCCAAACGAUGGGAAUGCAUCGAUCAACUGAACAGUCAUGUCUGAGUCCCAGAACACGAUCCUUGUGGAAGCGUAUCUGGUGGUCCCUGUAUAUACGGGAUCGCCACGUGUCGGCUGCUCUCGGUCGGCCCUAUCGCAUCCGCGAUCAGGACUGCAAUCCCGAGCCACUCGGCGAAGCAGACUUCGAAUUUGAUAGCCACACCACAACCGACAUCAUUGCCAAACAGGGGGCAUACCACAUCGCUUAUACCCAGAAUGUGUCAUCCUUAACCAUCCUCCUCGGCCGCAUCCUCACCCUGCGAUUCUCGCCUAUCGAACAUUGCGCCCCUGCUGACAUUGAGGAUGUCGGGGCAAGACUGCGAGAUUGGGAACAGAAUCUACCGGGGGUAGUAUUGCAACGAUCCAUGAGCGGCAAGCUCGGCGCUUCAUUCUGGACAGCAAUGUUGUACGCAAGCUUUCACAACUGCCAGAUCCUCUUGUAUCGGCCGACUCGAGAGCAGGGCAUAGAGGGUGGCCUGAACGAGGUUGCAAUACGAGCAGCCGACUCCAUCACUCGCAUAGCUGAAGACGUAUUGACCGCUAAUACAUUAAGAAAGUGUCAGCUGCACAUGAUCCCGGCAUUGUUUGCGGCUCUGUCGAUUCAUGCUGUUGUGAUUCAGCGUGAGGAGACAGUCCAUCGGUUGCUGGCAGAGAAUCGCUCCCGGCAAUGCAUGCUGGCUUUGAGGGAAUUGUCCAAGUCCUGGCCUGUGGGAGGCUGGAUAUUGGGCCUUUUAUGA